AUUCUAACCUAUACGCAAUUAUUUUGAUUCUUAAAUUCUAAUAAAUGUAAAAUGGGAAAGGUUUCGAAAGAUAAACGCGAUAUUUACUACCGGAAAGCAAAGGAGCAAGGCUGGCGUGCCAGAAGUGCUUUCAAACUCCUUCAAAUCGAUGAGAAAUUCCACAUUUUCAAUGGUGUCACCAAGGCUGUUGAUUUGUGUGCCGCUCCAGGCAGCUGGAGCCAAGUCCUCUCCAGAAAACUCUACUUGGGCGAAACAGUCAUGAUCAGGGACAAGUGCUGUUUAUUUUACAAUGAAAUUGAACUGCACCAGAGGCUGGAAAGCAUGGAAGAAUAUGAAUCACAUAAGAAUGAGAACGUGAAGAUAGUAGCUGUUGAUCUGCAACCGAUGUCUCCUCUUCCAGGUGUUAUUCAGAUUCAGGGCGACAUCACCAAGUAUUCUACAGCUCAGGAAAUCAUUGGGCACUUUGAGGGAGAUCAUGCAGAUCUGGUGAUAUGUGAUGGAGCACCAGAUGUUACUGGAUUGCACAGUAUGGACAUUUAUAUUCAAGCACAGCUGCUCCUGGGUGCCCUGCAUAUCUGUUGUAAUGUCCUAAAACCAGGGGGUACCUUUGUAGCUAAAAUUUUUCGAGGAAAAGACAAUGACUUAUUGACAAAUCAGCUUUUAGCUCUGUUUAAAGAAGUGCAUGUAGCUAAACCCAGCAGUUCAAGGAAUUCAAGCAUUGAAGCUUUUGUAGUUUGUCAAAAUUAUUCACCUCCUGAGGGAUUUGAUCCCAAAUUGAUGACCCCAUACUUGGAUGUGUCAAACAAAGAUUUUAACUCUCUUGAAGGUAUAAACAGAGUGAUAAUACCAUUUAUUGUUUGUGGGGAUGUUAGUGCCUAUGAUUCUGAUGCUACAUAUCCCCUAACAUUGGAAGGUGAAGAGCCAUACAAACAUAGGGAUCCUGUGCAGCCACCUAUUGCACCUCCUUAUUCUUUCCACAACACAGUUAAAAAAGAUGAUUUGGAUCACUAUUUGAAGAAAAUGGAUGAAGCUGUGAAGAGAGUAGGGUUAGGUAGUUCCACUAAAGCUGAAGUUUCAAGUAGCAGUUCAGAAGCACACUCAGAAGCAUCUGGGUCUCAGAUUGCUACUGAUGGGGAUCACUGUGAGCCUGUUGAAUUUGAAAAUAUCAUUGAUAAUGGCCCACUUUUUGACCUGAUACAAAAAACAACAAAGUUGAAAAAAGAUUCAAACAGGAAAAAUGAAGCAGAGUGUACUGAAGAGGAAAGUGGGCUUCAAUUUUUGUAUGAGGAUGAAUAUACAGAUCCUGAACUUAUUAGGGAAUGCUUGGAAAGAAUGAAGAUUUGUGGAAAUUCCUCUACAUGUACUUGUAAUUAUUUUGAUUAGGAUAAAAUCUGAUUUCUUCAUGCCCAUGUGUAAUAAUUUUUUGUGUUAUUAUGUUUUUUAUACUUCAGAAAUAUUCAUUUGGAAUUGUUUCUAUGUAGUGUAUAUACAACAUGUGGAAAUUGCUCAUCUUUCUUCAGCUCAAAAGUGAUUUAAUAUAAAUAUUU